GUGGCAUUUCCAGAUUGAGGAGUUGGAUAAACAUCGUCAACCACCACAAAGCACUCCAAAAGUAGCUUUUAACUCUCUCUCUCUCUCUCUCCCUAUACAGUAUACUUACUUACUAUGGUGUAGUUGCUGCUGCAAACUGCAAACAUAUAUUGCAGAGGCAACAGUGCCCAUCUCCCUAAAACAAGGCUCCUUCAUUACAACCUUUUUUCUGCCCCUUGCCUAUGACUAGGACAUCUAAUUCUAAGCUGUCUUUCUUUGUUCAGACUCAGAGCCUGUGCUGCUACUAUUACUGUGUAUGUAUGUAUGUAUGUAUAUGCUACAAAACUAGUAGCAGCAAGGACCAAGAUUUGAAGAUCAUCUCUCUCUCUCUUUUUCCUAGAUUCUCUCUCUUUAACUCUGACCAGAAUUUAUAUCCUCUCUGAGCCUGAGCCCCCUCUCAGGAAUCACCCCAGACCCAGACCCCUCUUUUACCUUUUUGCUCCAUUCCCCUUCCUCCCCUUUAAUUUCCUCCACCUUUCUCCCUACUUUGCGAUUCAAAAGUAUCCCACCUUUAUUUAUUGGCAUUAUCUGCCAAAACCAGUGUUCACAACAACACAACCCACAAACAAAACAAUGGAUCAGGACUACUAUAAAAGGAGUGGUCAAAUACCGGCAUUUGGAAACUGGGAUUAUGCAAACGAGCUGCCAAUCACCCAGUAUUUCGAGUGCGCAAGACAGGCCGGUUUGAUCAGAUUCAGCUCUUCCUCUGGUGAAAGUGCUGAUGCCUACGUUCGUCCUGCUGACUUUUAUGCUGUUAACCAUCUCAACAAGCCUAAACCCUCUCGAAAGCAGCAGGCAGCACCAAGAGUAGGGACGAGGGAAAAGCGAGGCCCGCGUGCGCAUGUCAUGGAGCAAAAGAAGCAGCAAGCUAAGGUCUGUGACGUGACGCAACCGCCAACUAAACACUACGAAUAUCAUGUUCAACAAUCAAAUCGCACUCGUUCGAACGACGCCGUUCCGAGAGUAACCCCUCGUUUCCCCACUAGGCCUCCAAAGCCUGUGGACGAAGAUCUCUACAAAAUCCCCCCCGAGCUUCUCCAUAAGACCAAACGGAAGAAAAUGCUGGGAUUGCUUUGUUGCUUGGUGCCAGCAUGUGCUUCAUGAAUCUGGGAUAUCCAUCUCUCUCUCUCUCUCUCUCUCUCAUCGCUGCUCUAGCUCGUACAAAUCCUACUAGUACUACAAAGGAAAGCUGAUCUCAUUCUCAUCUGUGUGUGUAUGUGUGUUGUUUUUCCUCAACAUGUGUGUCUUGUGCUUGUAUUGUAUGAGAUGAGAUGGAACCAAGCUAUGAAAUGAAUCAAAAUUGGAUACGUUAAUGCCA